GGCUUGAAACGCACAAAUCCCGGAAGUUAAACAAGCAGUUUGAAAUCCCGGAAAUCAUUGUCCGCGUUACAGUGUGCGAUGGCUGAUGUACCGGAGAACGCUCUAGAGCACUGCCCUGGUACAGGUAGCAGUGAGGCUGGGAAGAGCUCUGCAUGUCAAGGAUGUCCCAAUCAAUCGAUAUGUGCUUCUGGGGCAGCAGCAGCAAAACCAGAUCCAGCUAUAGGGCAGGUGAAAGAAAAGAUGUCUACAGUGAAACACAAGAUACUUGUACUUUCAGGAAAAGGAGGAGUUGGAAAGAGCACAUUUAGUGCUCACUUGGCGCAUGGGCUAGCUGAAGAUGAGGGCAGACAGAUUGCUUUGCUUGAUGUGGAUAUCUGUGGACCCUCUAUUCCAAAGAUUAUGGGUCUAGAAGGAGAACAGGUUCAUCAAAGUGGCUCUGGGUGGUCUCCAGUUUUUGUAGAAGACAACCUCGCUGUGAUGUCUGUUGGAUUCUUGCUUGGCAGUCAAGAUGAUGCAGUAAUAUGGAGGGGCCCUAAGAAGAAUGGCAUGAUUAAACAGUUCCUGCGAGAUGUAGACUGGGGUGAAGUGGAUUACCUGAUUGUGGAUACGCCUCCUGGUACUUCUGAUGAACACCUUUCAGUAGUGCAGUAUCUUAGUGCAGCUCACAUUGAUGGUGCAGUAAUUAUCACUACUCCUCAGGAAGUGUCCUUGCAGGAUGUACGAAAAGAAGUCAACUUCUGUUGGAAAGUGAAAUUACCAAUAAUAGGAGUUGUAGAGAACAUGAGUGGUUUUAUUUGCCCUAAAUGCAAGAUAGAAUCACAAAUCUUUCCUUCAACUACUGGUGGCGCAGAGAAAAUGUGUAGUGAUCUUAACAUUCCCUUGCUGGGAAAGGUCCCUUUAGAUCCAAAUAUAGGAAAGAGCUGUGAUACAGGUACGUCUUUUUUCAGUGAGAUUCCAGAUUCGCCAGCAACUGUGGUAUACCGAAAAAUAAUACAGAUUUUAGGUGAGGAAGAAUUGGAGCUCUUGUCAGUUUUUACUGCAGUUGCAGGCUUGGUUGAGAGAGAUUCCUUCACUUCCUGUAUGAUAAAAAGGUUGUCCCCAGGACAGGAAUGGAGAGGAAAUUUCUCGGCAACACAAAGAAAAAAGGUUCAUCUUUAUUGUACAGGACACAGAAAUUCAAGAUUUUUGCGCUGAGAGGGAAACGAACCAGUAAUCACUUUUAUGACACCAGACGAAAGAAGCAUUUUAAACUUCAAUUUUCAACUGAAUACACUUUAGCUGUUUUUUAAAUUGUACAGCUAAUUACCUGUGUUCAGUGUUUGUUACAUGUUUAAUAAAUGUCAAUUAUCCUGGA